AUUGGCUUCAAAAGACGCGACGUUUUUUUCGACUUCCGCUAUGGCGGAGAGUGAUACAGGUUUGGACUUCCCCUUAGAUGGCGAUGGGAAGCGCUCCACCACCGGCCUGAACCAAGGUGCCUUUGCUGCGGCCGUGAAAGCACAUAGCAAAGAAGCCUAUGAGGCCGCGGUGGCGGAGAAGAAGUGGCGCUUCGGCUACGUCAAGCACGUGGUGAAGCAGACCCAACUGGCCUCUGCGAAGGAAGAGACGGCCCUGGGUAUCGCAAGGGAUGGUUUGGAGUACCUCCAUAGCAACAUGCAGUUCUGCCGUGGCGGGGAGACCAUGGCCCUGAAAGAUGCCAUGGGGAAAUUUCAGGGAUCCUUCGAAAGCGUCGAGAUCAAGGGCCAGGGAACGUUGAACCGGACCUUUGAGGUGCCCUAUAAAGGACGCACGCUUUCUGGAGACGAACUGAAUCUACAGAUCCACAGCUGGUUGCAGCGUGGGGUCAUUGAGCUGGAUACGGCCGCAGCGUUGUGCAAGGUUGCCGAGACGCCAGAGUGGAUGGAUCUGUCGGAUCAUACCUUCGUCCUCUUUGGCGCAGGCUCUGCAAUGGGACCUUUUCCCAUCCUGAUGGCCCUGGGUGCUCACGUGGUGGCCAUCGACCUGCCACGACCACAGAUCUGGCAGCGUCUCAUCGCCACCGCGCGCGCGUCGCCGGGGAAGCUGACGCUGCCGUUAACGGAGAAGGCGCCGUCCGAUGCCAGUGAUGCACAGCUGGCAGCCCUCGCAGGCUGCGACCUACUGCGACAGACCCCGGAGGUGCGCAACUGGCUGCGUGGCGUUUGUGGCACCGGCCGCGUUGUGCUGGGAGCCUAUUGUUAUGCCGACGGCCCGCUGUUUGUUCGCGUGAGCAUGGCGAUGGAUGCCAUUAUUGCUGACCUCGUGGAGAACCUGAAGGAGAAGCCGGUGAUUGCAUACCUCUGCACGCCCACCGAUGCGCAUGUGUGCACUGCAAGUUCCAAGCAAGCGGCACAGGACAACCUGCGUAAAGCUCCCGCGUGGCAAGCGAUGCUAUCAGCUGUCAUGAAGUUUGCCAAGAUGGGCCUGGCGCCCAAUCGCAUCAAGGAGGACCAAUCCUCGUCUCUGCCGGUGGUGGAUGCGAUUGUCAAAGAGCAAGGGCCCAAUUAUUGCUUGGCAAAGCGUCUACAGCACUGGAGGGCCAUCCUCAGCCGUUCCAAAGGCUCCAAGGUGUCCUCCAAUGUGGCGCCGGCCACGGCCACGGCCAGCGUGGUGUCCAACAAGUCCUUUGCGUUGGCCUACAAAGGCAUGCAUCACUUCAAACCCAUGGAAGUUUUCCAAGGAGAAACCUCCAACGCCGUGAUGCUGGGACUUUUGGUGAAUGAUUUGAGAAAUCCAUUGAGUGCGGGUCGACCUGAGAAUCAUUUGCAGAAUCCGAUGCAACUCUUCACGGCUACUGCCUUCCAUGGAGGAGCAUGGCGGACGGGCUACAAGUUCAGCACCAUCGGUCCGUGUUCAGCGGUGGCCUAUAUCAUCGCUUCGAUGCUGGUCCCGUGUUGGUUGGUGAUCUAUUCCUCCCUGCAGAUGAUGGGUUGGUCAUGGGCGCUCUUCUUGAUUGGGAGCCAGGGUGCUGCGAGUGCUGAGGAGACCAUCUCGAAGUUUACCUACUUCCAGAUAGCAGAGGUCAUCCACGCCGUUUUGGGCAUGGUUCCAUCCAGCCCGCUGACCACGGCCAUGCAGAUCACCUCUCGUGUGGGUGCAGUGCAGGUCGUCGCCUGCGCAUCGAGCAGUGCGAGUCGCUCAGCCAUGCUGCCAUGGAUGACUCUGUUCUACAUCGCCUGGAGCGUCACAGAAGUCAUUCGCUAUUUGUAUUACGCCUUAAACACCGCUGGAGUUCAAGUGGCUCCUCUCACCUGGUUGAGAUAUUCCACCUUUCUCUUGCUGUACCCUGCGGGCGUCACAGGUGAGCUGGGCACUGUCUUCACAGCACUACCAGAAAUGGCUGCGAAGGCCACUGAACCCUGUGGCCUUUCCAGCAGCUGCGGCACCCUGCCGGCGUUCCUGGUCAAAGCCACCUUCGCAGGUGUCUUGGUGAUCUAUGCCUUGGGAUUUCCCAUGCUCUUUGGCACCAUGCUGGGCCAACGGAAAAAGGUGCUGCGAAGAUUGAAGGAUGCUUCAAAGGAGAAGAAGACAAAGUGAGAGGAUAGACUCGACCGACCAAGAAGCGUCGGCAGAGAAGAAAA